ACUCUGUGACAUAGAAAAUAUAGUACGUUAGUACUAUAUUUUCUAUGCUCUGUGAUUCUCUUUGAAUGAAAUAGGAAAGACGUUCUGGACGUAAGAAAUAAGAAAUAAGUGUAAACAAACAUUCGUUGAGGUGAAAAUAUUUAUUAUUUCACUUUUCACUAAUUAUUUAUUAUUUUAUUUUUGCACUACAAUUUGUGGCGUAAAAUAUGGAGGAAUUAAAAACCAUUAUAAACUACGACGUUUAUCAUAAACUUAUUGAAGGAAAAGUUGAUUCAAUAUUUGUUAUUUUAAAUAAAUCUGUAAAUGAACUACAUGAUCUUACUCGUUUAUCAAUUGAGCUAUUAGAAACGAUAAAGAAAGAGGCCAAUAAUAUAGCCCUUAAACAAACAUUUUGUACAGCCGAGCAAGUACCCCCGUGGGAUAGAAUAAGCACGGGUUGUAGUAAUAUAGAUUCAGUUUUACAUGGAGGAAUACCUAUUAAUGGAAUCACAGAAAUAUAUGGCUGUAGUGGAGUAGGAAAAACUCAGUUUUGCUUGCAGUUAGUUUUAAUGGUUCAGCUACCAAAAAGCGUUGGUGGCAAAGAAAAAGAAGCAGUAUACAUUUGCACUGAAGACGUAUUUCCAUCUAAAAGAUUUCAUCAGUUAGCAAAUACUUUCAAAAAUAAAUACAACUUAAAUCAUUACGAUUUCGGAGACAAAGUGCAUCUUGAACAUGCAGCUGAUUUUGAACAAUUAAGACGUUGUUUAUGUGUUCGUUUACCUCAGUUGCUCAAUUUAAAAAAUGUCGGAUUAAUAAUCGUCGAUUCCAUAGCAGGUGUUUUCAGAAGUGAAAACAACGACAUCUGUUACAGUAGCAGGGGUCAGGAUAUCGGAAUUAUAGGUUCGGCACUGCAUCACAUCUGUUAUAAAUACAAAGUAGGAAUUGUCUGCAUCAACCAGGUGGCGGAAAACUUUGCAACUGAAAAGACUGAGCCUUGCUUGGGCUUGGCAUGGAGUAACAACGUUACUUGUCGAUUUUGUAUAACUAGGAAUAAUAAUAGUAGAAUCAGAGAUUUUGAAGUAAUAUUUGCCCCGGACCUACCAAAUACUAGGUGUAAUUUUGUAGUUAAUGAAAAUGGACUUAGGGAUCUUUGACUCAUUUUUAAUAGUUAUUAUCAUUUUUCUUAUAUACAUUCUUUGUCUCUAAAUAUCUAAGGAAAGGUUUGAGCAAUAUACGAGGUGUUAAUUAAAUAUGUAGACAAAUUUUAAGGAGCAACUUUUUGAGUGAUUUUAAACCAAAUAUGUUAGUAUAUAAACAUGGUCUGUAAAUGGAGCAUUUUCGAGAUACAGGGUUUUAGAAAUUAAGAAACAGUCGUCUUUUCUAAAAUAUCUGUGAAAACGUUUGAUGUAGAAUAAUGAAACAUAGGCUAAUGAAUUACCUAAUUAAAAGUCUAUUGAAUUUGGAUAUAAAUAAGUGUAAAUAGUACCGGAGAUACUGGAGGUGGCUCUCAUUGAAAACCUCAGAAAUUUAUCAUAAAAAAAUCAUUUUAACUCCUUGUGGCGUUUCCAAGAAACAAGAUUUCUCAUUUUAUUUGAAAAUUUAACCAUUUUCAAUUGAUUCCUUUUUUUAAAUAUUUAUUAACAUUACGAAACAUUC